UUGUUAAGCUCCUAUCAUAUUAUCCGUCCGGAAUCCGUGUCGAUAAUAUUGAAGAACGGUUCUUUUGAGACGGUGUCAGUGAACCCGGUUUCAAUUCUCGUACGUCGAAGAGGAGCUGUGUCCGCAGAAUUCGACAUCGCCGUUCUCAAGGUUUCUCGAUCCACGCUGAAACCUAGCGUUUUCAAAUUCCCUGUUUCCCUCGCCACAGCGGCCCAAGAAACCCACAUUGGGCUCACCUGCGAAACACUGAUGUCGCAGGCGGGACAGCCGCUGUUCUGCCCGAUGACCGAUGCGGGACAAGUGGGAAUGCAGAAAACCGUUCUUGCUGGCAUCUCCUCUGGCCAUAAUUGCGAGGGCGAAUUGCGUUUCAUCAACUUGUAUAUGAAAGCUGCUGUGCACAUCGAUUGGGCAAAAAAGGCAGUCAAUGUUUUGGACAAUGUCAAACCCGGAGCGUAUAGCCUCACAGAAGAUCGGCGAUUGUACGACUUAAAAGAAAAAGAGAAGCCCCCUUCGUGCCGUUGGCCAUCGGACUUCAUUGACGGCAGAGAUAAUGCGCCUGCUGAUGGGUCGCUGCUCGAUGUUCAUUCGCAUGGCAUUGUUGGAUUUGGCGUUUACGUGAAGGUUGACAAUUUCACCAAACACGAACAUAUCGUCGUGGCUCCUGCACAUCUAUUUAAAAGAUAA